AUGAGCCUUGCUGCAGGCUCUACCACAGCGCAAAACGAGGGUGCACAAACUUCUCCAAAAAUUCCUAUGGGUCGUCCUGCCGUCUCUGGUGGACAGCGGAAGCGUCAGUUCUGGUUUUCAUUCUACGCACAUCUCGUCCUUUUCCCUAGGAACGCGGCUUAUUGGGAUGAUAGUAGCCGGGAACAAUUUCUGAGAGGUCUUGGAACAACAUUCCCCAUGCGAACGUCGUUCAAACACCCGCGAGCCAAACAAACAGGAGUACCUGGACGCGAGCAAAGUGAAGGUAAGAGGGAGUGGAAGGUGCAUGAAAUCCACUCUCUCCCCAAGCCCAUUUCCAUGCCUGAUCCUUCUUACCAACAUCGGAUACCUGGAUGGCAUACUAAGCUUCUAUCACCAGACAUCUUGUUCAACGAACGUUCAGAGUGGAAAAAUGAGAUACAGCAGUCGUGGCAGGCGUAUAUCCAAAGUCAAUGUACUCUGACUAUGCCCAUGGAAAUGGUUGACCAGCGCAGCGGCGUUAAGGUUUUCGUGGAGCCGGAUUAUACGGUUGCUGACCUCAAGCGGAUCGCUCGAGCCGUCAUCUACUUUGAAGAUCCGUUGAACCAGUAUUUCUUCACCUUCCCCUAUGAUGGAAACCGCCGUGACAGAACCAACAACCGGGCCGACAAUCCCGCCUUUAAAGGCAAGGAUUUACGUCAAAUCCUGAUGUUGAUCGAGUAUUUCGACAAAGCCACAGUAAAUCCCACAACCUAUUGGAAUCGCAUCUUCCCGGUGCCACCAGCAAGCAAAGGGUAUUGGUGGUCCUACACCAAGACCAGACAACAGGGCGGAUGCAUCGAGAUGGCCAAACCUGCGGCGUGGUAUGGUUGGGAACACGCCGUCAAAUGGGUCGAGAGUACCGUGUACUUCGUCCAGGCCGCUCUGGCGUGUCCAUCAUCGCAGCGGCUGAGGCAGUACGAGAUAAGCGAGAAGGGCUUGGGUGAGUUUGUGCAGACGGCUAAUGGUCGCGAUCUGGAGACUAUCCACCGCGAUACAAUGGACGCUUGCCAUAAGAGGGAUAUCAGGAGGGAUGGGCCCUUGAACGAGGCUAGAAAUCCUGCAGCCGCCAAAUAG